UUACUAAUCUUUGACCUUCUUUAACUGCCGCGGUCAUCUUAGUUGGUUCGCGGCUAACUCACAUUCGCCACACACGCUUCGUGGUGAUCAGACGUGGUCAUUCUAAUAGCACUAUGAAAAUUCUGGUUGCCUUCCUCGGGCUGGUUGCCCUGGCGGUGGCCACGCCAACCGUCUCGCCGAGCAAAGUCGUGUGCUACUACGAUAGCAAGAGUUAUGUCCGCGAAUCACAAGCUCGCAUGCUGCCUCUGGACUUGGACCCAGCGCUAUCGUUCUGCACCCACUUGGUCUACGGCUAUGCUGGUAUACAACCCGACACUUACAAAAUGGUAUCGCUCAACGAGAACCUCGAUAUUGAUCGCAACCAUGCCAACUACAGAACUCUCACCAACUUCAAAACCAAAUACCCUGGUCUCAAAGUUCUCCUGUCCGUUGGUGGAGAUGCCGACACAGAAGAAGAACAGAAAUACAACUUGCUGUUGGAGUCCCCAACAGCCCGUACAGCUUUCGUCAACUCUGGAGUACUUCUAGCUGAACAACAUGGCUUCGAUGGAAUCGAUUUGGCUUGGCAGUUCGCGAGAAUCAAACCGAAAAAGAUCCGCUCCACUUGGGGAUCGAUCUGGCACGGUAUCAAGAAGACUUUCGGUACCACUCUCGUUGAUGAAAAGGAGGCUGAGCACAGAGAAGGAUUCACGGCACUGGUCAGAGAAAUGAAAGCGGCUCUCAACCUCAAGCCAAACAUGCAACUGUCUGUCACCGUCCUCCCUAACGUCAACGCUAGCAUUUACUACGACGUGCCAGCUAUCAUCAAUUUGGUAGACAUUGUGAACUUGAACGCUUUCGACUAUUACACACCGUCGAGAAACCCUAAAGAGGCUGAUUAUACCGCACCUAUUUACAAGCCCCAGAACCGCAAUGAACUCCUGAACGUGGAUUCUGCUGUGUCUUACUGGCUCACUAGUGGUGCUCCUAGUAAUAAAAUAGUCAUAGGUGUCGCCACCUACGGUCGUACAUGGAAAAUGGACGGUGAUAGCGAAAUAUCCGGAGUUCCCCCAAUCCAUGUCGAUGGACCCGGCGAAGCAGGACCCUACACUAAGACAGAGGGUUUGUUGAGCUACCCUGAAAUCUGCGCAAAGCUGAUCAACCCUAAUCAUCAAAAGGGUAUGCGUCCUCAUUUAAGGAAGGUCACCGACCCUAGCAAGCGUUUCGACAAGGGCUUAACGAAGGACGGAGAUUUUUUUGGAACAUACGGUUUCCGUCUUCCCGACGACAACAGUGAGGGCGGUCUAUGGGUCAGCUAUGAGGAUCCUGACACAGCCGGACAAAAGGCGACUUAUGCCAAGUCCAAGAACCUUGGAGGAGUUUCCAUCGUCGACCUCAGCAUGGACGAUUUCCGUGGUCUCUGCUCGGGCGACAAGUACCCCAUUCUUCGUGCAGCGAAAUACCGCCUUUAAAAAAAUAUGGAAAAUAAAUAUAUUAAAAAUGGCGUACAAAGUAAAUGAUAUUCAAUUCGAUGUGGGCAAGUUUAUUGGUUAACCACCUUAUAAUAAGUAUCAAAAUAGUCCAUAUCCUUAUAAUUUAAUACACUGAUUAUUAUUAUUAUUGCUUGCUUUGAAAUUUGGACUUUAUUUGUAUUCGAAACCUGAAAAAAAGACGAAAUACAACAAUAGUUAUAUUGAAGCUGUAAUAGAAUAAGAAAAUAAAAAAAAUUAAACAUCGAACAUUAAUAUUUUUAUGAACCGACUGUUUGUGUAUCAGUAAUAUGUAGAAUUUCUAAUAAUAAUAUUGUUUUAUGAACUUACUAUUAUAUUAAGAGAUUCGAAUAAUUAACAUCAAGAGAAUGCAUGUUUUUAUUGCACAAUGAUAUUAAAGUAGUUUGACGAUAAA